AUGGUGUCUGAGGCUGCUCAGCUUCCAGAGCAAAUGCCGAGCCCUUUUUCUCUCCUGCACCCCGCACCAUCGGUUCUUGCCCCUCGCGUGGGCAAGUUCGUCAUUCCCGGCAGAAAAAUUAUACAGACGCCGCACUAUGUCGCAAUCACGUCGCGAGGCACAAUCCCCCAUCUCGCGCCAGAUGUGAUUCGAGAGCAUACCUCUAUUGGGAGCCUAUAUCUGGGGCUGGAAGAUUUUCUAGAGAAAGCCCCUCAAGCGACCCCCCCAAUUCUCAAUAUACCGCAAGCACCGCACGAGUCUAGACUUCGAAAGUUUAUAGCAGCCCGGGAUGAUGAUAUACUCGUGCUGGGAACGCGCAGGACACCGCCGGUCGUGACGCCGCAAUCGAAUCUCGCAAAUGGAGUCGCCGUGCUCACGUCCGUUGGAUUUCACCAUCUGGAAGCCCCAUACUGGCUUGAUUCGCUCAAGAAGCUUCGCCCAGAUAUUGUCAUUGGCAUGUCAGAUAUAUGCUAUGGGUACCCUCCCGGGGUGAAGCGGCGAGAGAAGAUGGUAGAUCGGACGCAUGCCUACACCCGAGAUGCCACAAAUCAGAUAUACCACGAGACAGACCCUACAAAUUCCGAGCAUAGGCCGUUAUAUUUCGCCCCAAUACUGCCAUUGGAGAAUACCCAGCAAGGGCUAUACCUCGAUGAUCUCGUGGGCGAGUUGCGACCCAACAUUUCCGGCCUCGCUCUUUACGAUGCAGCCUCAUUAGAUAUCAUUCCCGAAAAACUUGGCGAUCUCCCUCGACUAUGCUUCAGCGAACCAGCUACACCACAACAAGUCCUUCGCGAGAUUGCUCUUGGGGCUGACAUUCUUACCAUACCGUUCAUCGGCAAUCUCUCCAAUGCCGGCAUCGCUCUAGAUUUCUCAUUCCUACCCAAUGAGGCAGAUGACGAAGCAAGCAGCUCGACACCAAAACCGUUAGCUGUCGACUUCUGGGACCCCUCACACGCAAUCUCACUCGCCCCUCUAAAAGAGGGAUGUGAAUGCUACGCAUGCCAGAACCAUCACCGCGCAUAUGUCUGUCAUUUGCUCUCUGUGAAAGAAAUGCUCGCUUGGACACUCCUCCAGAUUCACAACUAUCAUGUCAUGGACCUCUUUUUCACCAAUGUUCGCAGGUCGAUUGCAAAUGGCACGUUUGAGGCAGACUCGAUGGCUUUUGAGCGGCGAUACGAAUCGUCGUUUCCCGAACAGACCGGUCAGGGACCAAGAUUGAGAGGUUACAGUUCCUACGUAUCCAAACGUGAAGAACCGAAACGAAAUGCGCCUGCGUAUGGGAGGCUGAAUGACGCGCUGGAGAAAUAUGCUGAGUCUCAAUCUUCUGUGGCAACGCCAGAUACGGAUGCAGAGGGGCUGGAAGAGAAAGGCAUGGGUGAGAAAAGCGGCAUCUGA